AUGUUAAGUGAUCGACGUGUCUGUAAUCUCUCCGCCAUGAAACCAAAGAUAAAGAAAGCAAAGAUGAAGAAGGUUACAAAGGGAAGCGUAGGCUUUUCAUUAGACUCGCUUCCGCUUGAUCUCAUUGUGGAGAUAUUCAAACUAGUCCCGAUCAAAACCAUAACAAGAUUACUUUCUGUAUCUAAGCUGUGGGCUUCCAUCAUCCGCAAUCGAGAUAUCAUGAAACUAUUCGUGAGUGAGUCCUUGAAUAGACCGAGAGGCCUCGUCUUACUAUCCGCAUGCGGAGAUGAGGAUUUAGCCUUAUUUGAUACACUUGAAGCAUCAUCUUCUAUCGAUUCUUUACCCACUUACCAUGUGACUUACAACAAAAGGCAGGACACGUUUAUGGCUCCAUCUGUUCACGAUUUAAUUUGCUAUGGAUUUGACUCUAGACUCGGGAUAUAUAAUAUAACCCUUGCACUAGACGGUCCAUUACCUUACCCAAGUUCAAUUCAAAGAGUACAAACAUAG